AAUUAAAUUGAAAGGAGUGACAAAAAUCAUCAAAGUAUUAUUAUUUAAUAUUCAUCUUAUAAAAAAUAUAUUUGUAAAUAAAUAAUUCCUCGGUGUAGGAUUUGAAUGUGAAUUCAGGCCUCGCAAAAUUUUUGAACCCGGCCCCGCAAAAUGUCACGCCGGUCCUGGCUGUAAUCGAAUCCCACGAGUUUCUUACUCAAGUAUAGGCGCGAGUUCUACGUGUUUUAAAAUCAAUUAUUUAACGAAGAACAUUUCGUACGAAAGUAUGUUGUCCUACAUUUUCGAUAUACUUUUCCAAGAGAUUCUAAAUCUGUAGAAGAAUCUAAUUUUAAUCGAGAUUAAGUAUUAAAGGUUCAGUUUAUCAAUAAUGGAAUAAAAGAAGUAUACGUGGCAGGUGGCACCACCAAACGGACGUCGAGGAAAACACUCCACGUCUAUACCAGGCUCGCACAGUUUCGUUGGGCAUUCGGUGACUCGAAGUCAUCCGAUAAAUGAUGAUGCCUCUCUGUUGUGCCUUCGCGUUUCGUAAACACGAGGGAACGUGUUAGUGUUCACGCGCUUUUCGAACAGUCUGUGAUACGAAAUUGUGUUCAAAUGUCGGGACACGCGUUGCUCGUAAUAAACACUUUGCAAUUGACACGCGACACGCAAACGUAAGCAUGCUGGAUGCACUGCAAUGCAAUUGCAACAUUGACAUUAAGUGUAACCGUAUUUUCCUUAGAAGAACGAAACGUUGAUCGUGCAAGGUGCGCUAUACGUGACAUCUAACAUGUCUAUGAAGAAAGAGUCUCCUUGGGACGUGGAAUUGCACCUGGCAGCGGCGCGCGGCGACGCGAAGCGUCUUCGAAUUCUGUUGGACUCUGGACGCGUCCACGUCGACUGCAAGGACAAGGAUGGGACGACUCCUUUAAUAUUGGCCGCCGCCGGAGGCCACAUUGAGGCAGUCACCGAAUUGCUGCAACAAGGGGCGGAUCCUAAUGCCAGAAGGCUGACCGGCACCACGGCGCUUUUCUUUGCCGCCCAGGGUGGUUACAUGGACAUCGCCGGCCUGCUAUUGGAGCACGGUUCCGUGGUGGACUCCUGCAGCAUAGAUGGCGGUACCCCACUUUUCGUCGCGUGCCAGUGCGGUCACCUGGACGUGGUGGAAGGUUUAAUCGAGAGAGGAGCCAACCCGAACGCUCACAUGAAGGAUGGUGCCACAGCGUUGUUCAUAGCGGCUCAGAAUGGGCACGUGCGCAUCUUGGAGGUCCUCCUGGAGCACGGCGCAAAGACGGACGCAGCGCGAACCGACGGCGCCACGCCUUUAUGGAUAGGAGCACAAAUGGGACACGAUCACGUCGUGAGGAGGCUUUUGAAAGCUGGUGCGAAGGUCGAUGCCACCAGACACGAUGGCGCGACACCGCUUUUUAAAGCUGCCCAUAAAGGUCACACGGCUGUCGUUGGUGAGCUGCUCAAGUAUCGUCCGUCGCUUGGUAUUCUUCCAAACGGCGAAAGCGCUCUGCACGCAGCAGCCUUAACAGGGCAAAUGACUGUUGCAAGGCAACUGGUAGGGGCAGGUGCGGACCCUCUGCUUGUGAAUCAAGAGGGUGUUACGCCUCUUCAAUUGGCUGUUAGACAUUCGCAGACACAAGUUGCUAAUUAUCUAAAGGAUAAAGUUAGAGCACGAACAUCUUAGCAAAGUCUACGUUUCUUAUCCGCCCAGUAAAGUAGAAGUUAAUAUACAAAAAUAACAGAGAAAAAACUAUAGACCAGUGUGGGAGAAAUCAGUAUUUCUAAAGAGAAUAUAAUAUAUAUAUAUAUAUACACGUUACACGUUGGAUGUACAAUAUUAGACACGUUAAAAAUAGUGUGAUCAAGUAAGUGCAAUCUUAUUGUAUUCCGUAGCGUUCUAAGAUCUUUGCCGCGUUAUCCAAGACUGUGGUCGGAAACUCUGUCGUAAAACUAUUAGCUAUCUAUCUGGUGUAUAUACGAUUAGAAAUCAUAUAGUGUAAAAUAUAUUUUAACGCAUUCUGUUGUUGUAAAUAUUUUAUAUGAACUUUAAAAGCACAUGUCAACGUAACGUGUUAUGGAUCCCACAGAAUUGUUUUCACAAUAGAACUAUAUAUUUUGUUAGCAAUGUACUCAUCGUUACAUAAAGAUCUUCGGCGUUGACGGAUAUAAUAUAUACUUUUGAAUAAUGCAAUCGUUUUGUUCUAAUUGAGAAUUGUAUAAGACUGAUUGAUUUGCCUUGGAGAAUACAAAAUUCAAUAAUUUUGUAGUACAAUAUCUAUUUCUUCCUGUUGAUUCGUAUAGUAUGAAGAUAACGCAGCGCGCACAGAUAAAUUUUAAGGAAUUAAUAGAAAGUAAAAAUUAAGUUCUAAAAUUUUGCUACAAAACGAUAUUAAGACGUUUCAUUUGGAUAUAACAUUAUGAGAUAUUUUGUAAUUAUUUGUUUGGUGUUACUUUACAAUGUAAUAAAUACAUUUACUGUUUU